AGAAUCGCCGAGUGAAUCGGUUGUGAAUUGUUGAUAGCGCAGCAAAGUGUAGAGACCCGGGAACUCAAAAUGCAACUGAAAUGUAUCCUGCUCCUCACGCUGGUAGCUCUUCAGCAGCUGUACCUGGGCGAGGGGUCCCGCAUCCUGGCGGCCUUCUUCUUUCCCGGAAAAAGCCACUUCAUGAUGACGAACGCCAUUGUUCGGGAGCUGGUGAAACGCGGACACGAAGUCACCUUUAUCACGCCUUUCUCCCUAGAGAAGGAGAACCUGGGACCGAACUACAAGGAGGUGCUGAUUGCGCAGUACGAUUUCUGGCCAGAAAUUAAGGAGAUGACCAAAACCAGUACCAUUUUGGAGAUGACCGAUGUGCCAAACCUGACGUUCGUCAGGCUGUUGACGGUGAUGGGUGCCCACAGCACGGACUUUGCCUUUGACCAGCCGGAGAUACAGGAGAUAGUGAAUGCCGAGGACAAAGUCGGGAAGUACGAUCUGCUGCUGGCGGAGCAGUUCUUUAACGAGGGCGCCCUCAUUCUGGGGCAUCUCUACCAGAUCCCCAUCAUCACCGUCUCGACCUUCGGGUACGCCAACUACCUCAGCCAGCUGGCGGGCAUCGUCUCGCCCUGGUCCUAUGUGCCCCAUGCUUUCAUGCCGUACACGGACCGCAUGACGCUGUGGGAGCGCAUCGGGAAUGUGGCCAUCUCUGGAACCGAAGAUCUCAUCAGGGAGUUCUCCUACUAUCCCAAGCACGAUGCGAUUCUGAGGAAGCACUUCUCUCGACUGCUGGACAGGGUUCCGACCAUCAAGGAACUGGAGCGGAACAUAUCCGCCAUCCUGCUGAACAACUACAUGCCGCUGACCACGACCAGACCCACCUCCUUCAACAUGAUUCCCGUGGGGGGACUGCACAUUCAGCCACCAAAACCGUUGCCCCAGCAUCUGCAGCAGUUCCUCGAUGGGGCCACGGACGGAGUCAUCUACUUCAGUCUGGGUUCCCAGGUUCGCAGUGCCGAUCUCCCGCCCGAGAAGCUAAAGAUCUUCCUCAACGUCUUCGGAAGCCUCAAGCAGCGGGUUCUGUGGAAGUUCGAGGAUGAGUCGCUGCCCAAUCUGCCGGCCAACGUGAAGGUGCAAAACUGGCUGCCGCAGGGGGAUAUCCUAGCACAUCCCAAUGUCAAGGUCUUCAUCGCCCACGGCGGACUCUUCGGCACGCAGGAAGCAGUUUACAACGGGGUCCCGAUGCUGGGAAUGCCCGUCUAUUGCGACCAGCAUCUGAACAUCAACCAAGGCAAACAGGCCGGCUAUGCGCUGGGCCUGGACUAUCGUACUGUCUCCGAGGAUCAGCUGCGAUCCUCGCUCACCGAACUCCUCCAGAAUCCCAAGUAUAGAACCAAAAUGCAACAGGCCUCGCGAAUCUUCAGGGAUCGCCCUCUGAGUGCAAUGGACACUGCCAUGUACUGGAUCGAGUACGUGAUCGAGCAUCGCGGAGCCCCGCAUCUGGUGGCCUCUGGCGUGGAGCUGCCCUGGUACCAGUUCUACCUCCUGGAUAUCGUAGCCCUGGCCCUGGCUAUCGUUCUCCUGCCCAUCGUGGCCCUCUGCUGUCUGUGCCGCAGCUCCAAAUCGAAGAGGGAGUCAAGGAAGAAGGCCAAGCGCAACUAAUUGGAACCAAAACUUGAUUUAUUUUAUUUUUAGAAACAGACGGGAUUACAAUUAUGUUAGAUAUUUCGCAAUUAUUAAAUUAAUAGUAAAUUUUGAAUAAUAA